AGAAAUCCUCUACCGGAGCAGGAAGCUGCUGCUGGGACUGCCAACAGAAGACAGAGGAGGUGCGAAACAACGUCGACAUCAGUAGGCAGCCAGCGGGUAUCCACCAUAAUGUAGACAAAAUAAGGACAGGAUCAGUCGUGCGCCACAUCAAUCCGUCUGCACGAGCAGACGUCCAGGGUGCAGUGGUGACAACAAAAGCAGACCGAGGCGUAUAUUUUAGCGUGGUGAAAAUGAAGGAGCUAAAGGGCUGCGGUAUGCGCUCCUCAGUGGGCUUUCUGUCCCGCAGAGAACUGACUGGGCAGCCGCUGUUGAAGGAAGAAUUCCAGAGACGCAGACUGGCAGGCUGCACCAGUCUCUACAAGAAAGAUAUGCUCGGACAUUUCGGCUGUGUUAACGCCAUUGAGUUCUCCAACAACGGUGGAGAGUGGCUAGUGUCAGGAGGAGAUGACCGCCGGGUGCUUCUUUGGCACAUGGAGAAAGCCAUCCAUGGCCGGGCCAAACCUGUCAAACUGAAGGGCGAGCACCUGUCCAAUAUCUUCUGCCUCGCCUUUGACAGUACAAACAAAAAGGUCUUCUCUGGUGGAAAUGAUGAACAAGUGAUUCUUCAUGAUGUGGAGAGAAGGGAAACUCUGAACGUGUUCCUGCAUAUUGAUGCAGUGUACAGCCUGUCUGUCAGCCCCGUCAACGACAACGUGUUUGCCAGCUCGUCUGACGACGGUCGUGUUCUUAUCUGGGAUACUCGUGAACCACCACAUGGAGAGCCAUUCUGCCUGGCCAGCUACCCCUCAGCCUUCCACAGUGUGAUGUUUAACCCUGUGGAGCCCCGGCUGCUCGCCACAGCUAACUCCAAGGAGGGCGUUGGAUUGUGGGAUAUCCGCAAGCCGCGCAGCUCACUGCUUCGUUAUGGAGGCAGCAUGUCACUGCAGAGCGCCAUGAGUGUCCGCUUCAACAGCACCGGCACACAGCUGCUGGCUCUGCGGCGACGCUUGCCGCCUGUUUUGUACGAGCUGCACUCCCGGCUGCCCAGCUUCCAGUUUGACAACCAGGGCUACUUCAACUCUUGCACCAUGAAAAGCUGCUGUUUUGCUGGGGACAAAGAUCAGUACAUCUUGUCUGGAUCGGAUGACUUUAAUCUUUACAUGUGGAAAAUUCCAAAGGACCCAGAGGCAGGAGGCCCUGGUCGUGUGGUAAACGGGGCUUUCAUGGUUCUGAAGGGUCACCGCUCCAUUGUGAAUCAGGUCCGCUUCAACCCUUACACCUACAUGAUCUGCUCCUCCGGAGUGGAGAAAGUCAUCAAGGUGUGGAGUCCGUACCAGCAGCCAGACAGUCUGGGUGACCUGGAAGGCCGUGUGGAGGACAGGUCACGCAGCCUCUACACCCACGAGGAGUACAUCAGUCUGGUUCUCAACAGCGGCAGUGGUCUGUCCCAUGACUACGUCAGCCAGUCCAUACAGGAGGAUCCGCGCAUGAUGGCUUUCUUUGACUCCUUAGUGCGCCGGGAGAUUGAGGGCUGGAGCUCAGACUCCGAUAGUGACUUGAGUGAGGAGGCCAUCAUGCAACUCCACGCCCGUGGACGUCGCUCCACGCGGGCCACAGCAGCAACUCCUGCCCCUGCCUCUACUGUGGAUCACCACAGUGACUCUGAUAACUCCUCCUCUUCCUCUUUGGCUGGACCGGACGCCUCGGGAGGGGAAGAGCAAGCUGGAGAAGAUGGGGAGGAGCGUCCCAGAAGAAGAAGUAGACAUCAAAGUCACCAAUCUGGUUUCCUGGUGAACGAGGACUCGGACUCUAGUGAAUUUUGGCUCGACCCAAUGCCCCGUCCUCGAUCCCCAAGCCCCAGAGAGAACUCUACACUUUCCAGCCCCACCUCUUCUCCUUCUCUUCCCGCUGGAGCUUCCAGCUCCUCCACGUCCACUUCCAGUUCCAGCAGUGACGACGAGGAGCGGCGCAGCGCAGUGAGGCGGCGCAAUGUCAUGCGGCGGAGACGAAUGCAUGUGGUCUCUAGAGCGGGGGAUCGACCAGAGUCUGUACAGGCUCUGUUCUCAGCCAUCGAUUCCUGCAGCUACCCAUCGAUUUCAGUCGAUGACCUGUCUUCUUCCUCGUCAGGUGAAGGACAAGACUCCCUCAAAAUCAAACCCCGAACUAGUGGAGCCAGUGAAGAGGAGAAGUGUCUGAGCCCUUCUGACUUUGUGUGUCCAAGUCCAGUAAUGUCCCCUGAGAGCCAAGAGAAUGAGGAAGGGAGUGAUAGGACUGAGCUGGAAAGGCAUCCAGGGGGAUCUCCUCUGUCACUGGACACUUGCAGGACUGAGGAGAGGGAGCUAACUUUAGACAGCUCUGAUAGCAGAGAAGCCUGUAGCAGCAACUCCCAGAACCAACGUAGCUCUGGAGUCAACGGGCAGCACCAACCGGUUACACUAGUGGGAGGCUGCGCAAGCGAGAACCUACACAUGUCCUCAGAGUCAGAGGAAGAGACUGGAGUUAAACCUGAAGACAGCAGGCCUCAGAGAGAAAAAGGCCCAGCACACAGCACUCUGAAACGGACUCAUGUGGGAUCAGACAAGACAGAGUCAAGCUCCUCCCCCUCAGAAAAGAAGUUAAAGACAUAAUGAAACAUCCUUAUCACCCUGAAAACAAAUUAUGAAGACCUCAUCCAGAAAAUGGGUUUUCUAUGGGUUUUUACAGCUCUGUUAUUUUUUCAUUUUUACCCUGUAGUCUUGACAUUGACUCAUGCUGCUUAUUAGCUGAAAAAAUUAAGCAACUAAAAAAGUAAAGUGUGGUUGAUUUUAUUUUAUUUUUCUGUUCGAGAACAAAUGGAGUGGACGGUGUCAUCAUUCUUUAGGUCGAACCACAGAUGACAGUAAAAGAUAAAUAAGCUAAAUAUUGUUGAAUAAGAAGUGUUUAAUUUCAUGUGGCAUCAAUGUUUUUUUUAUGCUCUAGUUUUUCUAGAAAGCGCUACCUGAAAAUAACAAAAAGAAGAAUUUUAGUUGGUAAAAAGCUGUGUAACAUUUCAGUUUCCACAUGUCACUAACUGGUUGGGCCUAUUAUCAUUUUUUAGCAAUUCUCAGCUGAGACUGCUUCAGGGUGCCUGAAAAUUGACUGCCUCUAUAGAAAGCCUAAGAAGCACAAUUUUAUAUGGACUGUGCAUUGAAAUACUACGUUCAGUAUCUCUACUAACAGAUUGUUGUCAUUAUCCACACCCUUGGUACCAUUACAAGCUGAUUCGCUUUUGUUUCCUUCAAUUAAAGAAGUUUCUUCUCCAGAA